AUGAUCAAAAUGAAGAAUUACUUAAUAAUACUCUUCUCAAUUUUCCAAUUAACAACCGCUAUAAAAUUCACAUCAUGUUCUGGUAUUUAUCCACCAAAAUCAAAUAUAUCACAACCACAACCUUUUAUAAAUGUUACAAUUAAUCCAAAAACAAAUCAAGAUUUUAAUUAUACAACUUUAAUUUUCCAUUAUAAAGAUAUAGAAAAUUCAAAUAUCCCAUUAUUAGAAGAUUUUAUUAAUACUGAUUCAUUGAAAAUUUGUAAUGAAGAUCAAAUUAGAUCAAGACAAUGUCGUGAACCUGGGAAAUUUGUUGUUGAUUAUCAAUAUUCAGAUUCUAGGAUAUAUAAUGAAGUAUUAAAUAUUAAUCAUCGUUCUUUUUUACAAUAUGAUAUUACAGAAAAGGGGUUUUAUUGUGUUUAUAUCCAAUCCUUGGAAGAUGGUGCACCUGAAGGACUGAAUGAAAUUGAUGUUAAAUUCCAACAAUCUACUGGUUAUUUAUCUCUGGAUUACCUCAAGGUUUCAAAUGUGUUAUUACAGUUCCAAUUACCUAUUGUUUCUAUAUUGUUAAUUUUCAUCAUGUCAAGAUUUUUUUAUAUCAAGACAUUGAAAAAAGGGGAUGUUUCAAUUAUUCAAAAUUCAAUUUUCCAUUAUACUUAUAUGAAUUAUCUUAUCACAUUUUCAUUAUUCUUGAAAUUAUGGAUCAAUAAUAAAUAUGAUUUAAGUGGAUCUGGUUAUUUCUUUUUGAAAUUAAUCAGUUUUGGUCUUGGUUCAAUUACAUUUGGUUUAGAAUCUUUAACAUGGGGACUUAUAUUAUGUUUAAGUCACGGAUUUGGUACUUUAUAUGAUCGUCAAACUUUCCCAAAAAGAUAUAGUAAAAAAAUCAUUGGGUUUAUGGUUUUAAAUUUCCUUUUAAAAUUAACUAUAAUUGAUUUAAAAUUUUCAAAUGUUCAAGUAUUAAAUUUUAAUAAUAUUACAAAUGGAUUAAAACCUAUAAUUUCAUUGAUUGGAUUCAUUUGGGUUAUAAAAUCUUUUUAUAAGACAACAAAAGAAAUUUCCAUCUAUUUUGAUCUAACUACAUCUAAAUUAUACAAAAAAUCAGGUUAUAUCAUUUUCUUCACUCCAAUAAUUGUCACAUUAGUUAUGAUUAUAUUAUUAACUUUCCAUUUCAUAAAUCAAUCAAAAAAUCAAAAUUUAAACAUUGUUGAAUUAACAGAAACUUUCUGGGAUGAUAAAACAUUAGAAUAUAUAAUGGCAAUUCCAUCAAUUGGUGAUUUUAUAACAAUUUCCCUUUUAAUUUGGAUUUGGGAUAAUGUUGAUUCUCAAAAAAUUGAUGAAAAUAACGUUGCUGAAUAUGGUGCUCCAGAACGUGGUGAAUUAACUUUAGAUAAUUUGAAAAAUGGAUCCACUGAUGAAUUAACAUCACUGAGAGAAAACACACCAUAA